AUGUUCACUUGGUUCCGCAAGAGCACAAAUGUCACCCAGGAGCCGGUCUGGGAUGCGUCGACACUGACCAUGCACCAACCCUCCCAGUCUGAAGAUAUGGACUCUUCGAAUAUUGUCACAGAGCAACCUAAGCCCCAAGCUAUGCAGAUGCAACUCCGAGGUGGGGAGGGCGAUGAUGAAUAUGUGCGGCGCUGA